GAAGUGUGCCCAAACGCUGUUCAAAUUGACAGUGCUGUUAAACGACAUGGCAACAGCUGAUAUUCCGCGCCUUUAAAUUAAAAAUAUAUAAAAUGCGACGCAGUUUGGCACCCAGUCAAAGACUGGGAGUACGUAUCAAAUCAAAGGACGCCUUCACCCCUCCAUUACAAAAGAAAAAUAAACGCGUGUGUCAAGAGGAGCUGCAGAAGCGCCAAAGCGCAUUACGAGAUGCGACCAAUCGAGUUGAACUGCCGCUCCCGGUACGCUUCACCUCGAAUAGCGAGUAUGAGCAGGCCAUUGCUAAGGUGCUAGCGCGCAAGUUCAAAGUACCCAUUGCCAACUACGUGCCAGAUUAUGGAGGAAAUCGGACGCUGGGGGUGCGUCGUACCAUAGUGCGGCGUGCCCUGCACGAUCCACAGGCGUGCAAUGCUUUAGUCUUAUAUGUGCCGCCGGCCUAUACCGAGCAUGAGCGUAUGUCAAUGGAUCCAAGCAAAGUGCAGGUACAUGUCGUAGUUGACCCAAUCCUCAGCAACGUGCUGCGUCCACAUCAGCGUGAAGGUGUGCGUUUUAUGUAUGAAUGUGUGGAAGGUAAGCGAGGUAAUUUCAAUGGCUGUAUUAUGGCUGAUGAAAUGGGUCUGGGCAAGACCCUGCAGUGCGUCACCUUAACGUGGACGUUGCUGCGUCAAAGCCCCGAUUGCAAACCAACGAUCUCCAAGGCCAUUGUUGUUUCCCCAUCAUCGUUGGUAAAAAACUGGGAGAAGGAAUUUACUAAGUGGCUACAUGGCCGCAUGCACUGCCUGGCCAUGGAGGGUGGCUCCAAAGAAGACACGACACGCGCUCUCGAACAGUUUGCCAUGAAUACAGCAACGCGCUGUGGAACUCCUGUGCUGCUGAUCAGCUACGAAACAUUCCGGCUCUACGCACAUAUUCUCUGCAAGACAGAGGUGGGCAUGGUCAUCUGUGACGAAGGUCAUCGGCUCAAGAACAGCGAUAAUCUCACAUAUCAGGCUCUCAUGGGACUGAAAACCAAACGACGUGUUUUACUCUCCGGCACUCCCAUACAAAACGAUCUGACCGAGUAUUUCAGUUUGGUCAAUUUUGUGAAUCCAGAAAUGUUGGGCACUGCCGCGGAUUUUAAACGUAACUUUGAAAAUUCAAUUUUACGCGGCCAAAAUGCUGAUUCUACGGAUGCCGAACGUCAACGAGCCUUGCAGAAGACCCAGGAAUUAAUUGGUUUGGUCAAUCAAUGUAUCAUACGACGUACAAAUCAAAUCCUGACCAAAUAUCUGCCGGUCAAAUUUGAAAUGGUCGUGUGUGUCAAGCUAACACCAGUCCAACUCCAAAUCUAUACCAAUUUCCUCAAAUCGGAUCAGGUGCGGCGCAGUCUGGCAGAUUGUAAUGAGAAGGCAUCGCUGACGGCAUUGGCUGACAUAACAACGUUGAAAAAGCUGUGUAAUCAUCCGGAUUUGAUAUACGAGAAAAUUGCUGCAAAGGAAAAGGGUUUCGAGAAUUCGCAAAAUGUUUUACCGUCCAACUACAAGCCGAAAGACGUGAACCCGGAGCUGAGCGGAAAGUUUAUGCUGUUGGAUUUUAUGCUGGCCGCCAUACGAGCCAAUAGCGAUGACAAAGUGGUGCUCAUUUCGAACUAUACGCAGACGCUGGAUCUGUUUGAGCAGCUGGCACGCAAGCGAAAGUACACGUAUGUUCGUUUGGAUGGCACCAUGACGAUUAAGAAACGCUCCAAGGUUGUGGACAGAUUCAACGAUCCCAGUACCGAUUGCUUUCUCUUUAUGCUAAGUAGUAAAGCCGGAGGCUGCGGCUUGAAUUUGAUAGGCGCGAAUCGUUUAUUCAUGUUCGAUCCCGACUGGAAUCCGGCUAACGAUGAGCAAGCCAUGGCUCGAGUAUGGCGCGAUGGCCAGAAGAAGCCCUGCUACAUCUAUCGCUUGGUCGCAAGCGGUUCGAUUGAGGAGAAAAUCCUGCAAAGGCAGACACACAAGAAGUCGCUGUCCAGCACAAUCAUAGACAACAAUGAGUCUUCAGAAAAGCAUUUUACACGCGAUGAUCUUAAAGAUCUAUUUAGCUUCGAGGCGAACGUGUUAUCCGAUACGCACAAUAAACUGAAGUGCAAGCGUUGUUUUCAGGACGUGCAAAGACAGCCACCAGCAGAGAAUACAGACUGCACCUCACAUCUGUCGCAGUGGUUCCACUGCUCAAACAAUCGCGGCUUGCCGGACAGCAUAUUGUCCCAGGCGUGGACAGCAAGUAAAUGUGUUUCAUUUGUGUUCCAUCAUCGAUCACAGGCCGAGUCCAAGCCAGCGGCCAUCAUUACCGAGGAUGAUGAGUCGAAGCAACAGCAGCAGAGUCCUAACCACACUUCAAAAAGCGACGACGAUGACCAAGACUUUGACCCGGAGGAUAGCGCUGAGGAACAAUUCUUGGGCUUCUAGUUGUUGAAUUUACAAAUAAUUUAUUGUUUUUGCAUUUGCGGAACCUGAUUUAGAUUUUAAGCUAAUCUAAAAACUAAUUUCAUUUGUUACUCGUUAACAAUUAAACUAAUAUACAUAAGUAGUUUAACAUUUAAAAUAUGGAACUAGCCGUUCCCAAUGCUUGUCAGCUUCAUUAACAGAACUAUAAGCACGUAAAAUGUCUUAGCCUAGUGCAGAAUUCAGAUUUAAAAACACCUUUCAUACACACAUAUUUAACUAUCAUGAACACACAUGAAUUGUCUCUAUGUAUGUAUGUGUGCAUCAGUAAUAAACCAAUGCAGUGUUAACACA